AUAAGCUUAGCGGGCCACCAAAAAUGUGAAGUGUGGAUCCACGAUUUUGUCCCGCACUUGGAGCAGAAGCGCAACAUUUCUGACGCAUCGCAGCGAAAGUGGCGUCUUCGAUUCCCUUCAGAUUCAAGGCGGGCGGCAGCGGCAACAUGGCUCCCUCAGUUGCGCAAGAUCACCACCACCGCAGCACGACGAAGCAGCACAAGAAGGGCUUCAAGUCUCGCCAUGCCACCAAAAGCGCGCUGAAGGAGCAGAACAAGGGCAAAGUCGAGGCCGUAGGUUUCGAACGAGGAAGCCGCAAGACGCCCCACCAGCAAGUCAUGUCGAAAUUCGACCGCCGCAACCGCUCGAAGCAGAUGCGCAUCAACAAGGACCACGAGCAUGCCAAAGCCACAAACGUAUUCGCCGGACGAGACAGCGCACCGCGCGUUGUUGCGAUCAUCCCCCUGUGCUCGGAUGUCUCCUCCGCCUCCGCAGUGCGAAGCUUGAACUCGGCACUGGACAUUGAGCAGGACGUGCCAGAGGCGGGAUGGGUACGCACAAAUGUCGACCGCUUUAAGCAGAAAAUCCAGUACUUGGUCGUGAAAAGAGACUUGCUUGCCUCGCUCGAUGCCUGCAGAGUCGCGGACUUUGUUGUCUUCGUGCUGUCUGCAGAAGAAGAGGUUGAUGAGGAGGGCGAGCUGAUCUUGAAGUCGAUCGAAAGUCAGGGUCUCACAAACAGCUUCACGGUCGUGCAGGCGCUGGACAAGGUCGAGCCCGCAAAGCGCAGGCCGCAGGUUGUUGGAUCGCUGAAGUCGUACAUCUCACAUUGGUUACCUACCACCGAGCGCGUAUACUCUCUCGACAACCGCCAAGAAUCCUCGAAUCUCGUACGAUCCAUGUGCACAAUCACCACAAAGGGCGUGAGAUGGAGGGAUCAGAGGAGCUACAUGUUCAUCGAGGACAUCGCAUGGCCCGAUGGCAAGUCGGCAGUCAACGAGGAUGGCACUGGACAGGUCGUUUUGACUGGUGUAGUCCGCGGGUUGGGUUUGAAGGCCGACAGGCUGGUCCAGGUCGGCGACUGGGGCGAUUUUCAGGUCGACAAGAUUGUCGCAGCACCUUUGGAGACACGGAAGAAGAAGGACGGCGACAUGAUGGUCGACGCGGAAGAAGAGAACGUUCUCGCGCACCCAACCGAAGACCAGGACGACCUCGCAGCCCUCGCGCCCGAAGAGACGCUCAUGGACGAUGUCACACAAUACGCUGCUUCGAUUGCGCCCACUGAGCGCAAGGGAGUGUUGCUUGACGACCACCACUACUUCUCGGAUGAGGAGGACGAAGAGGCUCGCCCACGGCCGAAGAGGCUGCCUCGAGGUACCAGUAAAUACCAGGCUGCGUGGUAUCUCGAGGACUUUUCCGACUCCGACUCCGAUCUCGAGGACUUUGACACGGAGGAUGCCGAGGAGGGCCAGAGCGCCCCCGCUCACCCUGCUGACGGUGUUGAGGGGAUGGACAUUGACGGGAAGGCGAUGACUGAGGGCGGUCCCUCAGAAUACCCACAGUCGGAGAUGUUCCUGGAUCCUUCGCCAGAAGACGAAGCUGAACAGAUCGAGGCCUACCGAAAGUCGAGGAAAACAGAAGCCGAACAGGAUCUUGAGUUCCCAGACGAGAUUGAGUUGCACCCGAACAUGGACGCGCGAGAGCGUCUCAUCAAGUACCGUGGACUGAAGAGCUUGAAGCAGAGUGUCUGGGAGACCGAAGAGGACCGACCGUACGAGCCAGAGGAGUGGCAACGCCUGCUCGAGAUCUCAGACUACAAGCGCACAGCAACAAAAUUCAUGCGCGAGGCCUGGGCUGGUGGCGUCAAGCCUGGCACCCGAGUCAACGUCCACAUCCGUGGCGUACCGCUACAAUUCCAGCAGUCACAAUCACGACCCGUGGCCAUGUUCUCCCUGCUCAGGCACGAGCACAAGCGCACAGCCUGCAACUACAGCAUCCUACUCAGCACCGACCACGGCAACAUUAUCAAGUCCAAGACCGAGAUGAUCGUCCAGUGCGGUGCGCGCCGCAUGGUCAUCAACCCCCUCUUCUCCCAAGCAGGCAACACACCCAACAACGUCCACAAAUUCGACCGCUUCCUGCACCCCGGCCAAAACGCCAUCGCCUCCUUCAUUGGCCCGUUAACCUGGGGUAACGUCCCGCUCCUCUACUUCCAACGCACCACCUCCCCCCACUCCCCCCACUCCCCUUCAUCCUCCUCCCUGCAGCUCAUCGGCACAGGCACCUCGCUCCCGCCGUCCAUGAACCGCAUCAUCGCCAAGCGCGUCAUUCUUACGGGCCACCCGUACAAGAUCAACAAGCGCGUUGUCACAGUGCGAUACAUGUUCUUCAACGACAGCGAUGUCAGGUGGUUCAAGAGCUUGCCGCUCUGGACGAGGAGGGGUAGGAGUGGGUUCAUUAAGGAGAGUCUGGGUACGCAUGGAUACUUCAAAGCGACGUUUGAUGGGAAGAUCAAUCCCAUGGACGCUGUGGCGGUGAGUUUGUAUAAGAGAGUGUGGCCCAGGCCGGCGAGGGCGUGGAGUGCGGAUGAUGUGGGCGCGAAUGUUGCGGGUGAUGAAGCGCCUAUGCUGGUUGAGAAUUAAGGGGAGGAAGGGAAGUGCAUGACGAUAUGACUUGCAUGACAGGUAGAUACCUAGGUAGACAAAAUGGUUACGGCG